AUGUCGGUGGAGGAUGAAGCACCACCUGAUGAUCUGUCUUUCAUUGGAUUCAAUCAAGAUGCCACAUCACUUGCUGUAGGUGGCAUAUUUGGCUACCGGCUGUAUUCAACAAAAAGAAUUGAAAAAUUUGAUGUAGUUUAUGAGAAUUACACCAACAUUUCACUUGAGAAAACUAGGAAUAUAGUCCAUCUUGUGUUUGCAGAAUUGUUCUCGAUCAUACAUAUUGAACGUCUUUUUUCAUCAAGUCUUUUGAUGAUCGUUUCAACUCAAGCACCUCGUAAAUUACGCAUUUAUCACUUUCAAAAAAACAAUGAAAUAUGUGCUCAAAGUUAUACAAAUACAGUACUUGCUGUAAAAGUAAAUCGUGAUGUGAGAUUUAAAUAUAUGGUUGUCUGCUUGGAAAACAUUAUUUAUAUUCAUACGGUGAAGGACAUGAAAGUAAGCUUUUUAGUUUCUUCUUUUUCGAGAUUUGAUCGUGUUUGCAAUAAAUUCUUUAUAAUUUGCAUCAAACUUGCAUGCGUGAGCUCAUUUGCUAAAGCCGAUGUUUUUCCGGUUAUCCAUACAAUCCGGGAUACGCCAUUAAAUGCUAGCGGUGUAAUCGAUUUAUCGUCAACAGUUAAUUCCUAUUUGGCUUAUCCAGGUUCAGUAAGCAGCGGACAUGUCCAGUUGUUUGAUGUAUCACGGUUGUCUUCAAUGAGUGCUAUUGCGGCACAUACUAGUCCUUUAGGGGCUUUGCGUUUCAGCUUUGAUUCUAAAAUGUUGGCUACUGCUUCAGUUCGUGGUACGGUAAUUCGUGUAUUUAGCACUGAAUCUGGUAAUCGGUUGUACGAAUUCACACGAGGUAUCAAAAGAUUUGUAACGAUUUAUUCACUUGCAUUCAGUAUGGAUGGUGAUUAUUUAUGUUCUUCUAGUAAUACCGAAACGGUUCACGUAUUCAAACUAGAAAAGGCUGUUGAUGCUCAAAAUCCAAAUGAGGGUGAAGAAGGAUGGGUGGAUUAUUUGUCAAAGCAGGCAAGUAGCUAUUUACCUACUCAUAUGAAUGAUUUUCUGAUGCGUGGAAAGAGUUUUGUCAUAGCUAAACUACCAGCAGUUGGAAAACGGAAUGCAACUGCUUUGCCAGUAAUCAAUGGAAAGCUCCAUCUUUUAGUUGCAACCACUGAUGGAAUCGCAUAUGUAUAUGAAGUAGAACCUGAAGUUGCUGAACUUACGUUAUUGAGGCAGCAUAAAAUCAAUUUUAAGGUCUGA